UCAAAGAGAAGGGACACACUGACUGAAGUCUAUUGAACAGCCGUACGCUAGUGUAUGGCCCCAUACACUUGUAGGAUGAAUUCUUCACAAGGCUCCCCUUCCCACGAGGUUAAAGUGCAGGAGAAAGCGGACUCCGAAAAAGAAGAGGUCAGGCCAAGCGAACCGACCGUUGACAAGGGACACAAAACUAAAACGAACAGUUUACCCUUCAGCGUUGAAUCGUUGAUCUCGAAGAAAACCACUUGCCGGACUGUGUAUACCGCCGCCGGACCUGGACUAGUACUACCCAAACCUGUCACGGAACAAAUGGGACAGUUUUCAUCCCCGAGGACAUUCUAUGCCGAGAAAAGCAAAGUGCCUUCAGAGAGCUUUCCUAACGCGUCCGAUAGUUUGAAUGACGAUAACGAAGACUUUAGUGAUAAAGAACAGAGCACUUGGUUCAGGACAUCAUCUUUUUCAUCUUCCCCACGUAAUCCAAGCCCUCCCCCUUGUCCAUUACGCAAACACAAGAACAACCGCAAACCUCGGACACCGUUCACCACCUCGCAGCUCCUGUCGCUGGAGAGGAAGUUCCGCCAGAAGCAGUACCUCUCCAUCGCGGAGAGGGCCGAGUUCUCGAAUUCUCUCAACCUGACGGAGACCCAAGUGAAAAUCUGGUUCCAGAACAGGAGGGCCAAGGCCAAGAGACUCCAAGAGGCCGAGCUUGAGAAAUUCAAGCUGGCGUCCAAACCGCUUCUACCUGCCUUUGCGCUUCCAUUCCCGCUGGGUGCGCACGUAGGCUCCCCAUCGCUGUACGGGACUGCAAACAUCCCGAGGCCCAGUCUUCCGAUGCCUGGACUUUUUGGUGGACCAGUCGGCUAUGGAAUGUAUUAUUUGUCAUAAGUAGAUUUUUACUGCUGGCAGAGACUCUUUUUAUAUAUAAAAUACACAACGUGCCCUUAUACCAAUUACGAGAUAUGUUAAAAUUGCGGAUAUUUUACAACCAUGUAAAAGUAGUUUUAUUUUAUGUGUGACAAAUUGAAAGAAGUAUAGUUAAUCUUUUAAAAAAAAAAGAUUGUUCAGAUAGAUCAGACCAACCUCUCAAAUAGACAGUUAAUGUCUUUGUCCUUUAUUGGGUUUGUCAUUUUCUUUUCAGAAAAGUUAUGUUAACUGCAUAUUGUAAAUAAUUUGUUGGUCGAUUGCAAACAUAUUGCCCGUAACACCAUGGCGAUGAGACUGUCUUUCAACAUCCCUAGACAUGCAAUAGAGGCACUAAAGAUACAUGUGAACACCCAUAUUUUUCAACGCCAGUUCGUUUUCAUGUUUAACAGUGCAGUUAUCGGUGCAUUUUUACGUGUGUGUGUGUGUGUGUGUGUGUGUGUGUGUAUGCGAGCGCGCGUGUUUGUGAGUAUGAUACAGAGAGAGUAUACUACCAUGCAAAAGUUGUGCGACACACAACUUAAGUACUUAAUGGCCUUAGUUUGUAAGUGCCUUGAAAGACCAAAUAUUUAUUAGUCAAUAAUA